AAGAAGGACGUGCGGAUGCUGCGCUUCAUCCAGGAGGUGAACACCACCACGCGCUCAUGUGCCCUCUGGGACCUGGAGGAAGACACCGAGUACAUUGUGCACGUGCAGGCCAUCUCCAUUCAGGGCCAGAGCCCAGCUAGUGAGCCUGUGCUCUUCAAGACUCCACGUGAGGCGGAAAAGAUGACCUCUAAGAACAAAGAUGAGAUAACCAUGAAGGAGAUGGGGAGGAACCAACAGCUGAGGACGGGUGAGGUGCUAAUCAUUGUCGUGGUCCUGUUCAUGUGGGCAGGUGUAAUUGCCCUCUUCUGCCGCCAGUAUGACAUUAUCAAGGACAACGAACCCAAUAACAACAAAGAAAAAACCAAGAGUGCAUCAGAAACCAGCACACCAGAGCACCAGGGCGGGGGUCUUCUCCGCAGCAAGGUGAGGGCAAGAUCUGGGCCUGAGUAGACAGCUGCUUGUGUGCUGGUAGUCCCUGGAUUGCAGAAGGGGUCAGCUCAGGGCCUGGCAUGGCUACAGUUGGGCAGAGCCAGACUUGGCUGGUGCCUAUAUGACACAGGGGACACUGCAAAUUGA